CCAGGGGAGGCCGCAGAGCACCAGUGGGUUCAGUGCGGAGCCCCUCUGGGCCGGGGGUUCGCUCCCCUGCCAGCCAGCCCGGGUUAGCUGGAGCAGGCCAGGGAGCUGUGACCCAGUGGGAUUUCACCGCAAGCGCCUGGCACAACGCUGGGGCUGGUGGCAAGGGCAUUGGCCGAGGGGCUAGCGUAAGCGCUGGCUGCCAGGGCUAGGCCAGAAUCACCCGCCCGGCAUCCUCCUAGGUUUGGGAAACCUGCUCGGAGGAACUGUGGUCCUGGGUGCUGAGGGCUUGGCGCAUCUUAGCAUGCCAACCUCUUCCCCCCCUUUCCCUCCCCCUGCUGCCUCUCCCAGGCAGAUGAUGCUAAGAGCAGCAGUCAGUCCCCUGGAGGUGGGCAGAGAGGAGACGCUGGGAGUCCAGCCUCAGCCCUGGCCGGCCUCUGGUCCUUGUCUCACUCCACUCCCUUCCUGGCUUCCUUGCAAUCUCGCGGCCCUGGGCGCAGGAGCCUUCUCCUCUGCAUCUCCUGCCAUCUGCAGCAGCCUCUGUUGGUCUCUCCACCCCCUCCCCUGCGGAAAUAGUCUCCUCUGGGGAGUGGUGGAGCCCCCUUGGGUCGUUUCAAACUCAGCUGGGACAAGGCCCUAGGGAUAUGUAGUGUAGGGAACAAGCCUGUUGGGGGGCUGUAGAAAUAGGGGCUACUUGCAGAGUAGGGCGUGGAGUUCAAACCCUCCUCCUGUCUGGGGGUCAGGCUGUUGGCUCAGGCCUGUUUCUACUCUCAGGAAGCCAGGUUUUGCCAGGGGGCGGGCAGCCUGCCCUGGUGCCCUCCUGCGCCCACAGGAGGUACGGGCAAUGGGCCAGCAUCUGACUUGGCUUACACAGAGGGCCAAGUGACUUUGCCAGAGCUACGCUGAUGUCAGCGAGAUCAGGAUCUAGCCCGAAGUCCAGGGCAUCCUAGCGAAUGGGGGGAGUGCCCUUUGGGAUGGAGUUAGCAGACGCAGCACCUCCCUUGGCUCCGGACCCUGGCCGAAGAGUCUGCUCCUCUUAUUAGCCCUUUGCUCGUCUGCUGCACCUUCAGCUUGUUGAAUCCAGGCAGCGUUGAAUUUCGUCCCCGUGAGAGGAUGUCAGAGGAACUGCCCUUGCACAUCAACAUCCGGGAGCCGCGAUGGGACCAGAGCACUUUCCAGGGGCGAGCCAAGCACUUCUUCAUGGUGACCGACCCCCGCAACCUCCUGCUGUCUGGGAAGAUGCUGGAAGACGCCCGGAGGGUGGUUGAGAAUUACAGGUCGGGGACGGUGUCACCGGGCCUGACGGAGGACCAGCUCUGGCGGGCAAAAUACAUCUACGACUCGGCCUUCCACCCCGACACCGGGGAGAAGAUGUUCCUGAUCGGGCGCAUGUCGGCCCAGGUGCCCAUGAACAUGACCAUCACCGGCUGCAUGCUCACCUUCUACAGGACGACCCCCGCGGUGUUAUUCUGGCAGUGGGUGAACCAGUCGUUCAACGCGAUCGUGAACUACACUAACCGGAGCGGAGACGCCCCCAUCACGGUCGGCCAGCUGGGGACGGCCUACGUCAGCGCCACCACCGGGGCAGUCGUGACGGCGCUGGGACUCAAGUCUCUCACCAAGCAUUUACCGUCAAUUAUUGGCCGCUACGUGCCUUUUGCUGCCGUGGCAGCUGCUAACUGCAUCAACAUUCCUUUAAUGCGGCAGAGGGAGCUGAAGUUUGGGAUCCCCAUCACGGAUGAGGACGGGAACCGGCUGGGGGAGUCGAGGGCAGCGGCCCAGCAAGCCAUCGCUCAGGUGGUGGUGUCCCGGAUCGGCAUGGCCGCCCCCGCCAUGGCCAUCCCUCCCGUGAUCAUGAAUGCCCUGGAGAAGAGAGCCUUCCUGAAGCGAUACCCCUGGCUGAACGCUCCCUUGCAGGUCGGACUGGUGGGGUUCUGCUUGGUGUUCGCGACCCCGCUGUGCUGUGCCCUCUUCCCACAGAAAAGCUCGAUGCGAGUGAGUCGCCUGGAGCCUGAAGUCCAAGCUCUGAUCCGGGAGAAGAACCCCCACAUGGAGAUUGUGUAUUUCAACAAAGGGCUUUAAGCGAGGCUCCCGCCCCCCAGCUGCCGGGAGAAGAGAUCAGGGAACGGAUCGGAACCCAGGUGUCCGGGGAGAAUGUUAAAUGUUGUGCUAGAAUAAUCCCUGUGAGCUGCUGCUUUAUUUCUGGCUGUCCUGUGUGUACGGUGUAGGUUCCUUGGACUCGGAUGACCCUUAGCAGUAGGUAGUGAUAUAUGCUGCUGUGAUAUAGAUUGUCUUUCCUGAACAAAACUGAAACAGGAAGAGCUGAUUCUCUCUGGUGGCAGGUUGAGAGUGGCCAGAGCCCCUCAGUAACCCUUCCUCCACUCCACCCUCCUGCUGUGUGUGGUCCCACAGUGGCUCGCAUGUCCAUCUUCGCUGCUCUUGAGAGUAAUGUUCUUGAGACGCUUCAGUGGGGAGAAGAGGCUGGAGUGGGUGAUGCUCGUAGGACGAGCAGAUGUCAAGGGCCGAAAAGCGAGUUUUCCUCCAGCUUUGUUGUUCUCUGGUGGGAUUUCAAAACUGACCUGAGGCCAGUGCCAUCAGAAAGCCCAGUAGAAUGGACCAGAGUCACAGUUGGGCAUGGCUCUGGUGCAGUGCCUAGGCAUGAAUUUUACAACACGUUGAAAGAUCAUUCUAAAUGUUCUUGCUGUGUCUGCGGAUGGUUUCCUGCCUUAGCAGCAAAGACAGGAGCUCAUCUGACUUCCCUAAGGGAGGGAAGUAGCCAAGGAGGAAGACGUCUGGUCAUCUUCCAGUACGGCAGGCCCAGAGCGGCUUGGCAUGUUGAGGAGUAGGCCAAUCAAGGUGGGUGAGCAGGUGUCUUCUCAGUGCGUUGGCUCACCAGAAUGAGGGAUGGGGCAGCUGUAUACAGUGUGACUUGGCUGUUCCCUUUCACCAUAUUGGAGGAUCUCUCUCGGGUCAGGGCAUCCUCCAUGCUCUUGGUCCUUUUAGUAUUGGCCUGCUUCGUUCAUCACAGACCGAAAGACUUAGCUUCUCUGUCGGGCGGUAGGUAGUCACACAGCCCGUCUCUCCUUUCCAGACUCAUAGAGUGCAGCUAAGCAACCCUGGUGCAGUGUUUAUAGACACUUGAUGAGGUGGACUGACUGCUGGGGAAAGCUGUGUACUUAUACAGCAGAGUCGCUCCGAAAAAGAUCUAGAGGGGGAAAGAAACUGCUAUACAAGGGAGCUUGCUGCAGAGAUGGACCCCAGGGGGUUUCUCUGCCUACCAGAGGAGAAUUAGCUGCAAUUCCUGAAUGUGGGGAAAGCCCGGACCCAGAGCUAUAACUCAGCUUUGCACUUGGGCCCAUCGCUGCUCUUGGAGCCUGGUGUUCGGACCCAGCUUUCACUCGUGUCUGUGUGUGUGUAUUUGCACGCUCCACACCUGUGUGUGUGCCGGCUCAUUCCUAACCAUUGUCUCUGCAGGGGCCAGUUCUGAUACCUUGUACAUGCAACCUAACGGAAUUUCCAUGGGGGAGAGUUAAAUUGUCCAUGAGGAAAUUCCCCUGCCUGGCUGCACAGAUCUAACCCUCUGUCCGUUGCAUUGCCCCUUUUAAACGCACUAUGGGAGGUGUGAGGGAAAGUCAGGCCCUCCCCACCCCGUUUUAUUGGGAAUAUUGACUCAAUACACGUAUGGUGCAGGGGAAAAUGCAUCGCAGUGGUUUUAGGAUGCGAAAGACAAUUGCCGGGCGCAAGAGAUCACUGAUAAAUAAAGCACAAAAAGAGGAGGAAACCCACCCCUCUUCUGUUAUCUGAAGGAACGAACCCUACAGGGGUAUGGAGACUCUUCCAAUAAUCACAGCUCUGUUGCAGCCUGCACAAUCUAGCUUAAAAUCUGACUCGUUCAGGGCCUGACCCCGCCCUGCUGAAAUCUGCCGGAGUUGUAGUGUUGGCUUCAGUGGGUGCAGGAUCAGGGGUCUGCAUGCAGCUUUUUAAAAAUAGCAUAAUCAAGUAAGCUAAAGUAGAUCUGACGGCUUGGAAAUGCUUGAGCUGCCUGUCCUCUAAUGGAAAGGGCUGGGGAAUGUCACAGCUAAGCACGCGGGGCCCAAGGCUACUCCAGGUCAGCAACUUAAUCCGGUUUUCCGCUCCUUUCAUCUCCAGAGCAAAUUACACAUUCUAAUCUCCGAAAACCAGCCCAGGGUUUGUUUUUUUUUGUUUUUUUAAUGUCGUCUUUGUUCCAGGCUCAAGUCGCAUCCUGGGGCCGCUAGACGCCCUUUGAACAUGUUUACUUUUACGGGGCUCUUGUCUCCUUGCUGUAAGAUCACCUUGUUGUUUGCUAUAUCAGCCUCCCUUUUAACAUGUGACGUUUAAAGGGAUCCCGUCACACUGCUUUAAGGUCAUGGUGCUUUGUGCUGUGGGUGGGUGUGUAUAUCCGUACAGAUAAAAAUUGGAUGUUUUACAACAUCUAAACCAGACAGAAAUGCUUCUGUGACAUUUAAGAAUUUCAAUGAAAAGAAGUUUAGUCCUGGCUGGGUAUCAACCUUCCCCUGCUACUGCCAGAAACGGGACAGGAAACUGACCCGCCUGGCCAAGCUGAGUGAGGUGCACAGAGCAAACAACCCGGCUCUGGAGGGGAAAGGGAACUGGAUAUUUUAAAAGUAGAAUUAGCCGGGAGUGGUGUUGCUAGUAAGAGCGGGCAGGACAAGCCUUUGACUGUGUCUUGGAGGGAGAAUUAGCCCCAUCCUACAAGAGACACAGAGAGAGGAGAUCUGCUGUGUUCAUGUCUAGCCCCUUCCCUGCAGAAGAUGGCUUGUUGCUCCUCCCAGAUGCCCAGGGUGACUCUAGUUCCCAAAAGGAAAAUGAGGCACUGCGUAGGGCUGGCCUGAGCCCUCCCCACCCCCCCACAGGGCUCGCCCGAGCCCUCCUCUCUGAGCGGGGCUGGCCCGAGUCGCUUGGCCGAUCCCUGCCUGCCUCCUGCACGAGGCUGGGGUUGCGGCUUGCCUGAGCCCUGACUGCCCCUUGUGUGGGGAGCUGGCAUCGCCGUGCCACCCUUUCCCCCCCGCGCACAUGUUCCUCUGCACCUCGUUUUUUUGACAAAAGUGGGCAUUUGUCCCGUUUGCUCUUGCCAACUGAUCAAGUCCUCCCCUAGAUUGGCCCUGACAGAAUUUGGCUCAGAGUUUGUCUGUAAUUUGCCCAGACUGCACUGGCCGGGAGGGCAGUGAUAAGGACCGUCGAUCCUCAUGCUUCAGGGCACAGAGUGAUCAGCAGCUGGAGUCAGGCAGAAAUUCCCCCACCCACCCGACUCAGAACAGUGUAUGGUGGGUGUUUUACACUUCCCUCUGAAGUGUUUGGUACAACAGUGGGCAUUGCCUGGGGCUAGGUGGGACAUCCGAUACUAUCGGACUGAGAUAGGGACGGGCUGACUUUAAUCCUCAGUCCACUUUCCCUUUUCAAUGGUUUUAAAAUCCUUUAAGUGUUGGUUUUGAGGGAGGCUGGAGGCAGCUUGGUCGAGUGGUCUGAGCAGGGCCCUGGGAGUCAGGACUCCUGGGUCCCCUUCUUGGUUCGGCCAUCGAUUCGCUGUGUGCCUGUGGGAAAGCCAUGUCACCUGGCCACGCCUCGGUUUUCCCGGGUGAGAGGAAUGGGGGCGAUGCUGCUCGCCCGUCUUUGUCAAGUGCACGGAGGGCUUUGGAUAACCGGUGCUGUAGAAAUGCAAAGUAGACCUAUGACUCCAUAGAACCAGAGGGUCAGAAGGGACCGCAAAGGUCAUCUGGUCUAACCCCUGCCGAACUGCAGCAGUAGGCAUCCAAGGCAGAUGCUCUGCAGUCUCCUUUGGAAAACCUCCAGCCAAGGAGCUUCCGUGGCCCCUGAUCACUUCAGUCCCACCUCAGAGUCACUCAGCUUGAGCACUGGGGGGACAACAAUGGAAACUGGGUGUAAAUAAAAGAAAAAUAGAGGAAACUCCAAGUUUUGACAGGGACAAGGAAACAAGGCAAAUCCCGAUACUCUCAUCUGUAACAGAUGCUGGGUGUCGUUCUCCUCUGCAUUGGAUUCCUGGAAGGGUGGGACGUUAAAAACCAAGCAAUCAAAAAAAAAACAACAGAAAAACCCCCACACCCUGGAUGCACCCAGCAGGAGUGUUGUGCAACGCAGCGUUUAUAUGUAGGUCCUACAAGAAGUGCGUCGUUGCUUUCUGGUGACACACAGGGGCCCUGUGCUGGCAGCAUGUGGGAAUAGGUGCUACAGGAUGGAUGGACUUCCACGGGGAGCGAGUUUGGCAAAUUCCCUCCAGUUAUGUGCUGUUUGUAACCUCCCUCGCCUGAGUCUUUAUCCCCGUCAAACAGGUCUGUUCAGAAAGGGCAUGGGCACGUCUCCGAGGGGGUUAGAUAAGGGGACGCCGGCUUUGACGGGCGGUGUCACUGAAACGAACGCUGUUGCUUUUGUAACGAUCUUGGCACGAUCUGCAGCGCGUGGCGCGUCGGGGCCUGGGAGAGCACCGUGAGCAGGGGGAACUGGGGGGGCAGCGGGUGAGUGUUACAUAAAGAGCUUUGGAUCUUGCCUCCGGGGGGGGGGAGGGGGGGAACGCUGCAGGAUGGUGGCUUUGCCCCAACUCCGGGAUGCUCUGGCGCUCUCCCAUGGGGGCCCGGCUUCCUGCCAAUCAAAUGCACCUGCUUGAGAGCAGAAAGCUUUAACAGUCCUCGUGCAAUACGGCCCGGGCUCUCAGUGUCUGUUGGCAUCACCCCUGUGCUGCGACUCGCCCCCUGCCCCUGGGGAAGGGGGAUGUCCAAUCCCUUCCUGCCGCAGGUUCGUGGGUGGGAGGCCUGGCAGCGUGUGUGCUGCUCGCUCGGCUGGUGUCUGGGGGAAUACCUGUACCUUGAACUCAGACCCCUCUCGGUGGGCCACUGAGCCCAUGGCUGACCUCCACUGUUGCUUUAAACAGGGCAAUUGUUCCAAAAUAAAGGUGAUAUUUUCUGUCUCUUG